AUGUCUACACAAAAAGGUGUUAAGAACUCACGGGCACGUAAGAGGACUUCUUGUGGUAAUGUGACAUACCAAAUAAAAGAGAAGCCAAGCUACUCAGGGAGGAUCUCCAAACAUGGACGGAGCAAUCCAGAAGCUUAUGAACAUGCAAAAGACGCUCUGCAAGAAGCAUUGAAAUUCUUUGAGAAAGGUCCCAUUAGAACUUCACGGAUUAAAAAUAAAAGCAUGGAAAAACACUUGAAAAUCAUGGAAAAAGUGGCUUGGAUAGAUGGCUUAGCUCCAGAAGAAAUUGAUGUUCUAUUAAAUGUGGCACUCAGUGGCAAAUUUGGGAAUGCUGUAAACACUCGGAUAUUUAAGUGCUUGAUUCCAGCAACUGUAAUAUCAGGAGAUUCUGUGGUUAAGGCUGUAUCUUGGCUUUGUGUCGGCAAGUGUUCUGGUACCAUCAAGGUACUUUUCUUGCGUUGGCUAGUUGCAAUGUUUGACUUCAUUAAUGAAAAAGACCAAGUUAACUUGCUCUAUGGCUUCUUUUUUGCUUUACUGCAAGAUGAUGCACUGUGCCCUUACGCCUGCCAUUUGUUAUAUUUGCUAACCAAAAAAGAGAAUGUCAAACCAUUUCGUGUGAGAAAACUACUUGACCUUCAGACCAAGAUGGGUACACAGUGUCAUCUCCAAGCUUUGUUGUCUCUGUAUAAGUUCUUUGUUCCUACUUUGAUUUCUGUGUCCUUGCCUAUAAGGAGGAAGAUCUAUUUUAAGAAUUCAGGGAAUUUAUGGCAGGCGGCUCUGAUUGCUGUGAGGCAAAGGAACACGGAACCUUCUCCACUCUCUCUAAAGUUGCCAUUAGGGUCGGCUAAAGUACGUUCUUUGAAAAGAAAAUGGAAUUCUGACUCAAUUAUACCAAUGCCAAACUCCAGUAGCUAUGAUAAAGAAUGUGGAAAAAAAGAAAUAAGUCUUUCUGAUUUACUCAGUAACAGUGGAUCGUUUCCAGUAGAACAGCUUCAUAAUUUACCUCAACUCUUAGAAAACAUCCAUUGCUUAGAGCUGCCUAGUCAGAUGGGCUCCAUACUGAACAAUUCACUGUUACUUCACUAUAUUAACUGUAUCAGAGAUGAGUCAGUUUUACUGAGAUUCUAUCACUGGUUGAGUCAACUAUUACAAGAAGAAUGUCUUUGGUACAAGGUGAAUAAUUAUGAAUGGAAAAAACAAUUUACCAGCUUACUGGACUCUGUCAUCAAGGCACAGUGCUUUUUGCAAGAGGGGUUUUAUUCCUGUGAAACAUUCCUAUAUAAGAGUCUUCCUCUCUGGGAUGGCCUCUGUUGUCGGUCACAGUUCCUUCAACUUGUGAGCUGGAUUCCUUUUAGUAACUUCUCUGAGUUGAAACCACUUGUUUUUGAUCAUCUAGCAAGUCUCUUCUUUACAUCGACUAUUUAUUUCAAGUGUAGUCUUCUUCAGUGUCUGAGAGAGCUACUACAGAAUUGGCUGCUGCAACUUUCUAUGGACAUCCACAUGAAACCUAUGUUGAGCAGUCCUCUAAAGACAACUUUAGGUGAAUCCAUGAAGUCUGUGUCUAAACUGAUUCACUAUGUAAGCUGGCUGUCCACUAAUGGAUUGCGCUUGGAGAACAAUAGUAUUUUCUUGCUGCACUUCAUUUUGGAUUUCUAUGAGAAGGUAUGUGACAUAUGUAUAAAUUAUAACCUCCCAUUAGUGGUGCUGGUUUCCCCUGGAGUCUUCUAUCCUGCACUCUUUAGCCUGGAUUCCAGUAUUCUGAACCAGCUCUGUUACAUUAUGCACAGGUAUCGUAAAAAUUUGACUGCUGCAAAGAAAAACGAGUUAGUAAAGAAGGCAAAAUCCCAGUUCAAUUUUAGCAAUAAGAUCUAUCGCGAAUUUAACCACUAUCUGACAGCCAUGAUUGGUUGUCUGUGGACAUCUAAAUCCUUCCAGAAAUGUUUCUACCAUGAUAUAAUAGAUCUUGAUGCCAGACUCCUAGAAGAAGCUGGAAUAACAGAGUAUAGAAGCAGUUUAAAUUUAGUCCAUCACCCUGCUCUAUUCAGUUAUGCAGUUUCCUUUCUGCUACAGGAAUGGCCAGAAGCAAGGACCAUAAAAUUGAGCGCUAUUCGGGGAAAGAAAUGGAACUGGUACUUGGACUAUUUGUUUUCAGAAGGAUUACAAGGCCUGAAAAUUUUCUUAAGACAUAGUAUUCAUCAUUCUGCCUCUGACGAAUAA